UUUUGCUAUCAAUUGUGAUUAAAAUGUUUUUUACCGUUUAGUUGUCAAACUGUCCAGACGUGCCUUCCUCUUUAAGGUUUUAUGCCAAUAUCUGUAAUACUCUGCCAGACACCUUAGGGUACACUAGUUAAGACUUAUGCAAGGUGAGCCCCCAAUGAGACAGGAUUUUACAUGUACAGUAUUUUGAUUAUAACAAGAGAACUUCUCAACCAAUUUUGAUAAACAGUAUCUCAUUGGAAAGCCUAAUCCUUGGCCCAUACGUUAGUGGAAUGUCCGAUUCGAAAUCUCUAAAGUUCCGCUGAAACGCCAAAACAUUGCGAAAGUACACAACAAUGAUCUUUAUUAAAAAAAUAUAUUUCCAAAUGAUUUAAAAAAAACCGAUUAGAUAUUAUAAACAUGAACUUUAACUUUUUAACGGUUCACGGCUUAAUUUAAGAUUAAUAUAAUCUGAAAACAAAAUAUUAAAUAUUUCAAUUUUUCCUCUGGCAAAAUGAACAACACUAUCUAUUUAAAAAUCGAAAAUUUAUUGUAUUUAUUAGCUGUUGAAAAAGAAAUUGAUGACGCUGAAAUAACUGUGAAAUCUGACGUAAACGGUGGUGAUGGAUUUUUGGGAAACUAUUAUAUCGCUGAAGUUAAAGGAAAAGAUAAAAAAUUGGAUGUUUUCAUAAAAACUAUAAGAAUAGCAGGAAUGUAUUUACAGAAUAUAAUCAAAUACGCGUAUUUAAACGAAUUUGUUUUUUACGAUAUAAUAUAUCCCGAAUUCGUAAAAUAUGAAGAGAAAAAAGGAGUCAAGGAAAUAUUUCGUUCGAUACCUAAAUGUUAUAAAAUACACAGAGACGACGGACAGGAAACAAUUUUUUUGGAAAACUUAAAAAUUCAAGGAUUUAAACAACAUAAUCGAAAAGAACCUAUGAACGAUGAACAUAUUAAACUCGUUUUGGAAGAAUUGGCUCAUUUUCAUUCUAUUUCUUUCGCGAUUAAAAAUGAAAAUGAAGAGAAAUUUAAGGAAUUAGUGAAAAAUGUUUGUUGUGUUAACACUACGUUAAAUCUUAACGAUUUUAGUGAUACGAUGGAGUAUAUAUCAAAUUAUGCAUUAGCCAGAUUAGAUCCAAUUCGAGAUAAUAAAUAUUACGAUAUUUUUAAAGAUUUCACUUUGAAUGUAUCGGAUAUUUUAAAAAGUUUGGAUGAUUUAGUUACAAAUAACAUUGUUGUGACACAUGGGGAUCUUCAUAAUAACAAUUUAAUGUUUAAAUAUCACAAUGGUUCUCCAAAAGAAGUUCGUAUUUUUGAUUGGCAAUUAAUGAGAUUAACAACACCGAUUGUUGAUGUAUCGCUAUUUUUUUAUAGCAGUUGUAAUGAAGAUCAAUUAAAACGGCUCGAUAACUUCCUCCAAAUUUAUCACAACAAAUUAACCGAUUGCGUACAAAACUUAAUAGGUACAAAAGAACCAAUUUAUUCGUAUGAAACGUUUUUAAACGAAUGGAAAAUUUUUGCCCGAUAUGGACUCGUGGUGGGAUUUUUGCUACAAAAAAUUUUGCUUACCGACGCUGACGUAAUCAAUCAACAGAAGUUAGAAACUGAAAAUAAUAUACCAUCUAUGAAAGAUAUAAUGGCGAGUUUUGAAUUACAAAACUCUAGAGAAUGGGAAAGAAGAAUUAAAGCGUUAAUUUCUCAUUUUAUAGAAUCUGAUUUUCUAAAACCUAUAAAUUUUUGUAAAAAAUAAAAAGAAUAAUUUAAA